AGACCUGAUGUAAUCUUUCUACAGGAAGUCAUUGUUGAUACGUUGGAGAUGCUGUCCAGGAGGUGUCUAGAUUAUACGUUCAUAGAAUCAGCUGUUGAAAGUUAUUUCACCGUCAUAAUGGUGAAACACAAGGUUGUACAGGUUACGGACUCGAAAAUCAUUCCUUUUACUAGCAGUACACAGGGAAGAGCGUUACAAAAAGUGGAGUGUACAAUAAAAGCUUUACCUUGUGUGUUGAUGACAUCACAUUUGGAAAGUAUGAAAACCAAUAGCGAUGAAAGGAAACAUCAGAUGAAAAGAGCUCUACACCAUGUGGUAAAUGCUAGUCGAAAUAGGACUGUUCUUUUUGGCGGAGACUUUAACAUUAAAGACAGAGAAAUACGUGAAAUGAAGGGACUUCCUAAAGGUGUCCUGGACCUUUGGAUAGAAACUGGAAGGAACAAAGACACACAGUUUACGUGGGACACAUCUAUCAACACAAAUCUGAAAUUUGCUGAAAAUCAAGACUUCAAACCUAAAAUUAGAUUCGAUCGCAUUUAUAUGAGACAUCCAAAAACAGAACCCGUUAUAUCUCCAGUGUCGUUUCAGUUGAUUGGUCAAGAAAAAAUUCCCACUUGUGAUUGUUUCCCUAGUGAUCACUGGGGUAUUCUUGUACAUUUUGACAUAAACAAAAGUAAUACAAAAUAGUCAGAAUGCUACCACAUACAAUGUACAUAUUGACUGAACUCUUUUUUGUCAUGCAAUGAUCGAACAGUUACAUUAGGUUUCGUAAUGUGGCCGUCGAUGAUUUACUGCACUGUGAUAAGCAGUAUAGUGACGCUUGUACAUUUAAGCGCUUUUAUGCGCGUCGAACUACUAUUACUUCUAGUUGUCAGUAAUACUGCACCCUGUUGACGUUGUUGUUCAGUGAUGGGAUUAACGGUAUUAAAUGUACAAAAAAUGUAAGCAGAUGCGAUAUAACUUCGAAAAUAAAGUUGUAUUAUAUACUCCGGUACAAGACGAAGUAUAUUUAAACUGCAUUAAGCAAUAGAUUAUGGAUAUUUCAGUGCAUAUAUCUAUUCCAGAUUUGAGUUUUUGAGGUUUUAAAAAUUAUGAGGCCAAUCACAUGUUGAUGGUGGUAUUUAUCUUUCUUAACCCAGUCGUGUCCGGACAUUAAUUGACUACGUCUUAAAAGUAAUGGUAUAUUCAAACAAAUAAAAGGGUUUCAAGUGGUUUCAAUAUGAUCGUUGACAAAUCUAGUUGUGUUUUGUCCAGAUUGACUCAAUUUUGAUUUGAUUACGUUCAUAUUUAAAUUGUCAUACUUUUUUUUUAAUUAUGCGCCGGUAAAUAGUUGUCUUAGUAACUUUCUAAUUGUGUUUUGUCGGCCUUUUGGUGUGUGAAUUGACAUGUAUACUGUU